AUGAGGUUGGGGAGCGGCAGAGUCGGCCUUUUCCGCCCGCUCCCCCCUCCCCCCGAGCGCCGCUCCGGCAGCACCGCGCUCGCUCUGAGCUCCGUGCUCCUAAGCCAGUGCCACCGUUGUCUCCCUCCAGUCGCCAUCAUGAUCAUCUACCGGGACCUCAUCAGCCAUGAUGAGAUGUUCUCCGACAUCUACAAGAUCCGGGAGGUCGCGGACGGGCUGUGUCUGGAGGUGGAGGGGAAGAUGGUCAGUAGGACAGAGGGUAACAUUGAUGACUCGCUCAUUGGUGGAAAUGCCUCCGCUGAAGGCCCCGAGGGCGAAGGUACCGAAGGCACAGUAGUCACUGGUGUGGAUAUUGUCAUGAACCAUCACUUGCAGGAAACCAGUUUCACAAAAGAAGCCUACAAGAAGUACAUCAAAGAUUACAUGAAGUCAAUCAAAGGGAAGCUUGAAGAACAGAGACCAGAAAGAGUAAAACCUUUUAUGACAGGGGCUGCAGAACAAAUCAAGCAUAUCCUUGCUAAUUUCAAAAACUAUCAGUUCUUUAUUGGUGAAAACAUGAAUCCAGAUGGCAUGGUUGCUCUGCUGGACUACCGCGAGGAUGGUGUGACCCCGUAUAUGAUUUUCUUUAAGGAUGGUCUAGAAAUGGAAAAAUGUUAACAGAUUUGGCUGUUCGGAUCUGUCACCUGCUCGUCAUAACUGGCUGGCUGCUGCUGUUCAUCCACACAACACCAGGACUUAGACAGAUGGGACUGAUGGCAUCUUGAGCUCUUCGUUUUGAUGUUGAUUUGUUUGGAGCGGAGGCAUUGAUUUGAGGAAAAAAAAAAACAUGUCAUGUAGGUUGUCUAAAAAUAAAAUGCAUUUAAACUCAA